UGUAUUCUGGGAAAAAGUAAUUUGCGGUGAAGUGUUUUAAAGUUUUAAUAUAAAUGGGAAGCUAUUACCCAAUUAAUUUUACACUUGUAUCAAAAUCCUUGUCCUUAUUGACGGAAAUAUUUGGAUAGGUUCGUUAAAGAUGACGAAAUCGAAAAUAAUUAUCUCAAUCUGUUUGCUAUUUGUAGUGCUCGUGACUAACGUAAAAUUGCAAGAAGUUAAUCUCUGGGAACAUUCAAAUUUUGAAGGGCGCAUGGUGACAUUCAGACUGGACGGGGGACGAUGCAGGAACGUUUUGGACCUUGAUUUUAACGACAAGACGUCCUCCGUCAGGACCAGUGCGUAUAUCCGCCUCUGGGAAGAUGCAGACUGCAAGGGGGACCGGUAUCAACUUGACAGAGCCGGGGCGGCUAAUUUAGGCGGAUUUAAUGACAAGUUGACAUCUGUGAGCGAUUGUAAACUUGGCGGUUAGUUGAGAAGUUGGGAGAUUUUUUGAACUUUAUGGCGGUUUCUGUGUAAUUUUUUAAAUUAUUAAUUAAUUAUCAGAAACCGUUGAAAUUGGUUGAAAUUGAGGGGUAACAUAGAAUAAAAUAAUUUUCAGGGUAACCAAUAUUUCUAGAUACGGGGGUAACUAUCGAAAUUUAGCGAACAUAUGUUGGCAAAGUUUAAAUAAACAAUUCAUAAUGAGAAAAUAAGUUAUGGGAAAUCACAUUUUUUAAUUUCUGACAAUAUUGGUAUUAAGAAAUUGGUUUUAAAAUUGUUGUUAUAUUUUGAAAAUAUCAUAUAUCCUGUAAACUGCGCAUGCCAGAGGUAUUCGCUAUAUAGGAAAUUUGUAUUACAAAUAAAUUAGUAGGCAAAUCUUGGCCGAUCAUAUUAGGUAAGAAGUAAAAAUAUAUUCGGCUAAUAAACAAUUCUUGGAAAGCGGUCUCACCAUUCAUUAAAUUCUAUUCAUAAAUACAGAGCUGUCCUGUCCUGCUUGACUUGAUAAGCUUGUUGAUGAUAUCACUCCAGUUGCGGAUGUAGUGAUCCUCGGCUAUGGACAGUUGGCUAAAAUUAACGUAAGCAAGAUGUUUACAUGUUUUCUGAGAAUGGAGAUACGAUUAAUUUUGCAAGACAAGUACACAGUCCAAGGUGACGGAAAAGAAGUAUCCAAAGGCGAGGAUUUCUAUUUAGUUGAGCUACAGAAGUGGGAGGAUUAUUGUGAACAUCACUUUCAUAGUUUUUUAUCAAUUGGAAAAAUGGUAUCUGAAAAAAUUAGACGGUUUCGGGUCUUGGUGUGGACCAUGGUUUUGGUGCUUGGGAGCCGAUUGCCGAUUACAAGUUGUGAUUAUCUUGAUGAUUUUUGGUCAAGUGAAGAAGUUACGACAGCUGGAAGCACGCACAUUCGGUGGACCGGAUCGCUAAGUCGUUUAAAUGAAGUGUUGGACCGUAUUUUGACAAGUACUCCUCGACCCCCUUAUUACUACCAUCCUGAAACUAGAGCGGAUCCCCCUAUCCGCACGCCGUAUAGGUUGACUUCUGAACGGCUCGGAACGAUAAGGUCCGAACUGCUGUAUCCAAUCCAAACUACAGAAGAAUUCUAUCUGAGUGAUAGUUUUCUGGGAAAGCUAGACAAUAAUGGGAGAAAUUUUGCCCUCGGAAUAUUAAUUUUGGACUUGCCGUUUUUUGGAAAGAAAUAUAAUCAGAUUUUUGAAGUGUCGCUUCAUGGCCAUGUAGCAUUGAGCUAUGGCAAAUAUUCAGCAACGUAUCCGUUCGUGUUUCCAAAUCCUGGUUAUCCAAAAGAAUUCGACGCAUCGAUUAUUGCACCGCUGUAUUCGGAAUUCAAAAUUAGAGCGGAGCCGUCAGAUGGGGAUAAGACAGCAGGCGUAUAUUUGCAGGUGGAAAGACACUUAGGAAGUAGGACUGAUGAGAUAGGCGUGGAAUUGCGGGAGCGUUCAAAAUGGGACGUGCGAGACGGAAUUGUAGGGGCAGAAUCGUUCCAACCGGAACACGUGAUAGUGGCAACGUGGAGAAAUGUUUGUUUUGCGGGAGAUCCCAAUUCAGGAAAUGACACCACGACGACAUUCCAAGCAGUGAUAGUGACGGAUGAAACAAGGACUUAUGUGAUCUACAAUUAUGAACAUAUCGGGACUACGUCACAUCACAUGAACGACGGCGGGAAGAUAGCUUUUGUUGGAUUCAAUGCGGGAAAUGGAUCUGAAGCGUUCGAAUAUGUAAAAUCAGAGAGCAUCCGGAAACUUUUAACCUCCGGGAAUGUUAAUGGAUUUCCGGGUCGUCAUAUUUUUAGGGUGGACGAAGCCAUUUUGUCUGGCCAGUGUGCGGGGAAUGACACCGACAAAGGAAGACUAAUUGUUGCCCCGGAGAGCGGGAAUAUGCUUGGGGGAACAAUUGUGAACGUGACAGGGCCGUGUUUCAACUCAUCGCGAGAGUAUUACUGCAGGUUCCAGAACACAAAAGUAAAAGCUGUCGUCAUGAAUGGGAACCGGGCAAGCUGUGUGAUGCCACAAAUUUUGGCAGCUGGGUAUAUUAACAUUUCGGUUGGCGCGGAACGGAAUGAAACCGCGGACGCGGAAUGGCGGACAAAGUUUUUUGUAGAGUCGCCAACACGAUCCCCUGAACUGGUGCGGUUUCCGAAUAUUGAUAUCAGGAGUAGGAAACUGUCCACUAUUACUUGGGACUAUAAGAACCUGACUGUAAACAAGGACACACUGGUAACCUUGGAAGCCUGGGAAUACAGGGACAAUUUGAAUUUUAGUGGGCCAGAAAUUGUUUUUGUAGGCGCGUUAGCGGAAGCGAUUCUGAACAGUGGCAGACACGAAAUAGGGAACACUUCAAAAUUAAAGAGAUCGGAAGAAGAAUUCUUUGACAGUAAAAGAGUAGCUUUAGCAUCGGUUAGAUUUGCAAAUGUAUCUGCAGGAGAAUUAAAUCCAAUUUUAUGGAGUUGUCCCGUCCCGUUGGUUCUAUUUUAUGGAAAUACGGGAAUUAAUAAUGUAACGUGCCAAGGAUGGCUAGCGAGGGAAAGGCAUCGUCCAAACUUUACGGCUCAGCUUCCAAAAUGUCCUUGUACCUUGACACAAGCAGUCAGUGACGUUGGGCGGUUCAUUCCUGAUCCUGAAUGCGAUAAGGAUGGGAAGUUUUCUAACUGUGAGCUUAACCAGAAUGCGAAACAUUGUGUCCAAUCGGCAAUUCCAACUGAGUCUGGUGCAGGCCAACAAUGCUGUUACGACAUAUUCGGUGAUCUUAUGUUGAGCUAUGACAAUGUUUGGAGUGGAAAACCACGCCGGUCGCAUGCUGCCGGGGCACAGCCGUUCAAUGAAAUAUACAAGGUCCCCUCCUUGUCGCACUAUUUGAACGAUAUCGCUCCAUUUUAUUCUUGUUGCGUCUGGAACUCAGAAACGAGUCCGGGUUGCUAUGCUUUCCGUGAGGAAGUGCGAGUUUCUCAGAAUUGUGUGGGCUACGAUCCGCCCGGAUUGUCCACAGUCUUUGGUAGCCUUCAUUUCUACACGUUUGACGGAGUUGCGUUCACCUUUAAUCCAAAGGGGGAGUUUGUUCCUAGCGUGAACUCGAGCCUAUUAGAGAUUCAGGGACGAUUUGAACAGCUACCGCCUAGAGAGGGUGGAACGUCGGUGAAUUCAACGAAACUAACCGUACUUGCCGCUAGGGAAGGAAACUCCGCCACGGUGGAAGUCCGACUUCGUCCUGUGGAAGCGAGAUGGCGCUACAAGUUGGAUGUUCUGGUAGAUGGGGAAAAUGUGUUUUUUGACCGAUUGCCUCAAAAAGUGCAACACUUUCCAGGUUUGACCGUGCACACGCCGACCUACGUGCUAAAUCAGUCGACGGUGAUUGUCAUGUUCAAAUCUGGCACUGGUGUGGAGGUUAUAGAAAAUAAGGGUCACACUGCGGCUAGAAUCUACCUACCAACGAGUUUUAAAAACACGACUACUGGUCUUUUCGGAAGAUGGGAUAACGUGUGGCAAGGCGAGUUCCCACUUCCUGACGGGACAGAGGUCGCUUCAGAGAUGAUCUAUGAUUUAAAAGGAUUUUACCAUAAUUUUGGGAAACACUGGAAAGUUCAGGAGAAUGAGUCAUUAUUUUCGUAUCCGCCAAGGAGAUCAAGCUUGGAUUACAGUGAUCCCAACUUUGUCCCAGUUUCAAGUCUUGAAGUCUCCAAAAUCCUCUCUGACCAGGGGGUUCACCCAAACUUGACGUAUACGAUGGUGGACGAUUUUUGUGGGGAUUCGUACCAAUGCAAGUUUGACUACGCGAUCACGGGGGAUAAAUGGGCUGCCCAUUUUACAAAAGCGUACCAAUGGCAGUACAACAAUGUCAGGAAUAACGCACUAAAACCAGUGGUGUCCUGCGGAUGGUUACCGACACCGCGGAAUGGGGACAAGAGCACGUUCCGCUUCACGCCUGGGACGAUGGUGGAGUUUGAGUGUGACUGGGGGUACUAUCUUUUGGGGUCCACGCGACGGUACUGUUCUUCCGGGGGGGAGUGGACUUAUCCUAAAUACAAUGAGUGGGGGCGUGCUUUCAACAAAAGUGAAGGAAUGACUAGAUGCGUUAGUUAGUGAUGAAAUGGGGGAAGAUAGAAUAAUAUUUGGAAUAUAAAUGUGUAACGAAAUUGAGAAUAAUAAAGUUUGAAGGGCUAAAUCUAGA